AACGAAUGCUGUGCUGACGACUCAGACGACGUGUAAAGCAAAGUCAUUCCAACCCAAUCGAAAACCCAACUCUUUCUUACUCCCCAAGCAAAUCUCCUCGUCUCUUUGUUUGCUCGACCUGUAAAGCAAAUUCAUUAGUUUAAAGUCAAUCGGAGCGUAACUUAUGAUCUGUAUCUUUUUUCUCAAUGGCAAAGCUGAAGAUAGGAGGGACAUGGGCUGGUGUGAUAGACGUGGUAUUGGACGAAUGGACCGUACCCAUGUUGAGGAUAGAGGUGGCGAAGCGGUCAAACUGCGGCCCUGAGUCGAUCAAUUUGAUUUGCGCAGGAAAGGUCUUGAGAGAUGGCGAUGGCACUGAGAAGCUGGCCCAACUGGGCGUCAAAAACAACGCUAGGAUUCUCGCCAGUCGGGGCAGCGUCGAGGAGGGAAAGUCCUUGGAGGAGGGGUUGCUGGCCGAGGAGGAGCGUUCUCGGAGACUCAGCAGAGUCAAGGCAGCUGCCACGGCACUGGCCAAAAGGCAUGCAGAUGGUUCACUACCAGUUGAAGACUUUAACAUAGAGGUUGAAGAUCAAAGUGGACAGAUUGUACAGUUGGGAUCUGAAACUGAUCAGCGGGCAGUAAUGAUGGGACUGAUGCUUCAUGCAAAUGGAAAGCAACUAAUUAGGAGUGAGAACUACAAAGAUGCAUUAGAAGUGCUCACCAUGGGAGAGGAGGCUUUCUCUCUUUGCAAUCCGAAGGUCAUCGAGUUGAUUGACAAUGUCCCAAUACUGCAAAUAGACAUGGUCUGGUGUUAUUUCAUGCUCCGAGAUAUCAGAUGGCUCGCGGUGGCAGGAGCACGCCUGGAAAAGGCUAGGGAAGGAAUUGAACGUGCUCAUGGGAAAGACUACUCCCGUGUCAGACUCCUCCAAGCAGGUUGCCAUCCCGAGCUUGCAAUACAUUUGAGACUGGAGCUGCUGGAAGGGGUGGUGGCAUAUCAUAAUGGUGAGUUUGAUAGAUCAAGGAAGGCAUUGACCUCAGCGCAUGCAAAAUACUUCCAGCUGCAGGUACCAGAUGAAGCCUUAUCACUUGUUAUGAGCAUGGGAUUUAAAGAGCGUGAUGCAAAGAGGGCACUGCGAAUGAGCAAUCAAGAUGUUGGGAACGCUGUUGAUUUUCUUGUUGAGGAGAAGGCAAAAAGAGCACAGAAAAGAGAGGAGGAUAUUAGGCGAAGAACUGAAAUAAUGGAGCAAAAAAGGUAUGGAAUGACACCCUCAAAGAAAGCUGUGGAUCUUAAUAAACUGAAUGAAUUGGUCUCUGUUGGGUUUGAGAAGGAGCUUGCUGCUGAAGCACUUCGAAGAAAUGAGAAUGACUUUGAGAAGGCGUUGGAUAAUUUGACAAAUCCAGAAGCAAAUUCGGCCAUACAGGUUGAUAUUGAAUCAAGGAAAAGAAAAAGAAAACAGCAAGCAUCAGAAACUGCCAUUGAACAGCUUGUACGUAUGGGCUUUGAAAGAUCAAGAGUGGUUGCCGCUCUUCAGGCUGGUGCUACUAUCGAGCAAGCUAUGCAUCAACUUCUCUCACAAUCCGAUUCAAACCCCACAGUUGGUGCUGAUAACAGUGCCAAUUCUUGCGCACCAAUACUUCCUGAUGCUUCUGGCAGCAGUAAUGAUGUUGGAGGACCAUCAACUGCUAGUGAAGCAGAAGAGAGGGAUGCAGAGAUGGAAGAUGCACUGGCUGGAGAACUGGCGAAAGGAGACGCUUUAACAGACUAUGACAUUGAAGUUACAAAUGAAGGCGAAGCCAUAAAUGAGUACUUGGCUCUGCUGGAGUCAGCUGGUAAUAGCAUGGAGGCAUCGCGACAAUGAGAAGACAACUUAGGCAAUACUUGCGUACUAGUAUAUAUGUAAAUAGAUGGUACAUGUCGAAUCUGCUUCACUGAUAAAGAGGUGUCUUAAGAGUUUAGUCAUGGGCAGUUCAUAAUAGAGUUCCACCAACAUUACACCUCUAAUUGUGAUAGAAAAUAUGACUUGCUUUUCAGUCACAAUGCUUCAUAUUUUAUGCGUA